UACACAACACAGUUCCGCAAAUCUCGUCUGUUUGUGUUUUGACGGUUCGGUAAGGAGCUCCUCAGACAAGUGCACGAGCGAGGACACGGUCAGCCUUCUGCACGCCGGUUCGUAACGGACAACAAGACAGGACACAAAAUGGCAUCGGACUCUCCACGCAGACCUAGUCGCUGUGCUGGAGGGGUUCUGGUCCGAGCACAAGCUGCUACGGAGCAGUCUUACAUGGAGAGUGUGGUGACCUUUCUGCAGGAUGUGGUCCCCCAGGCAUAUACUGGGGCUCCACCCACAGAUGAAAAAGAGAAAAUCAUUUGGGUUCGAUUUGAAAAAGCUGACAUCAACGACACCGCACGCAACCCAGAGUUUAUGGAGAUGCACAGCGGUACUUCUGAGCCUCCUCUCUGCCUCAUGAUUGGCUACACUGAUGGGAUGCAGAUCUGGAGCGUAUCUUUGGCAGGUGAAGCUCAGGAGCUGUUCUCUGUGCGUCACGGUCCUGUGCGAGCCGCUCGCAUCCUGCCAGCUCCUCAUAUCAGUCCUCUGAAGACGGACAGUUUUGCAGACAAGAGGCCCCUGCUGGGGGUCUGCAAGAGCACAGGGUCCUCUGGAACAAGCCCUCCCUACUGCUGUGCUGACCUGUAUUCUCUGCGGACAGGGGAAAUGGUCAAAUCAAUUCAGUUCAAGACUCCCAUCUAUGAUCUCCACUGCAACAAACAUAUUCUUGCUGUGAGCCUGCAAGAGAAGAUCGCAGCGUUUGACAGCUGCACCUUCACCAAGAAGUUCUUUGUUACAAGCUGCUACCCCUGUCCCGGCCCCAGCCUCAAUCCAAUAGCUCUGGGUAGCCGCUGGCUGGCCUACGCUGAGAACAAGUUGAUCAGAUGUCACCAGUCCCGCGGUGGAGCUUGCGGUGACAAUGCACAGUCCUAUACAGCUACAGUGAUCAACGCAGCCAAAACUUUAAAGACAGGCUUGACAAUGGUGGGUAAAGUGGUCACCCAGUUGGCAGGUACCAUACCAGCAGGCACUCCGGAUGAGGAGAGUGCACCUCACAGCACGAGCCGCCGAAGCCCACACAACCCUGGCGUGGUCACCAUCAUUGACACGCACAGCGUUGGUGAAGGACAGGUCUUGGUGAGUGAGGACUCGGACGGAGAGGGAGUGGUGGCUCACUUCCCAGCUCAUGACAAACCCAUAUCCUGCAUGCAAUUCAACCCCAGUGGAAUGCUGCUGGUGACUGCCGACACUCUGGGCCACGAUUUUCACGUCUUCCAGAUUCUCACCCAUCCAUGGGCGUCCUCACAGAGCGCAAUCCACCAUCUCUAUACCCUGCAUCGUGGGGAAACUGAGGCCAAGGUCCAAGACAUGUGUUUCAGCCAGGACAGUCGCUGGGUAGCCAUCAGCACCCUCCGAGGCACGACCCAUGUGUUUCCCAUCAACCCCUACGGCGGUGCACCCUGCGCCCGCACGCACAUGUCCCCACGGGUGGUCAACCGGAUGUCUCGCUUCCAAAAGAGCGCCGGCCUGGAGGAGAUCGAACAGGAGCUGAACAGGGCAGCUGCGUUAGGAGGAGGAGGAAUCGGAGGAGGAAUCGGAGGAGGUGGCUGCAUCCUGGGUGGAGGAGGAGGCAUUGGGGGUCGCUGUAGCCCCAUACCUGGCCUGUCCAGCAGUCCCUCAGGGUCUCCACUGCAUGCCAAGCUGAGCAGCCAGGAGUCAUACAACAACUUCACCAACAACAACAUGGGGAACCCGCGGCUUUCUCCACUGCCCAGCCUCACUGUGGUGCUGCCUCUGGCUCAGAUCAAACAACCCAUGACCCUGGGUACCAUCACCAAGCGCACCGGACCCUACCUCUUUGGGGCGGGAUGUUUUGCCAUUAAAACUCCAUGCAAAGCUAAGCCGCCUCCUCAGAUCUCCCCGAGCAAGUCCAGUGGAGGAGAGUUCUGCGUGGCCACCAUCUUUGCCUUGUCUCGCUCCUGGUUUAUCACCAACCCCAACAUGAAGAGAGACAAAGAUCAGUCCAGGCAGUCGGUUGUCGACUCGCUGUAUAUCAUCAGUUGCUAUGGUAACUUGGUGGAGCAUGUCCUGGAGCCCCGACCAAUUAGCACCGCUCAAAAGAUUAGUGAUGACACACCAUUGGAGCUCAGCACCUGUCCGAGAGCCUGCUGGACUCUGGCCAGGACCCCACAGUGGAAUGAGCUGCAGCCACCCUUCAACUCCAAUCACCCCUUGGUGUUGGCCUCAGACCUGGUGCAGUACUACCAGUAUCUUCUAGCAGCAAUGCCCCCAGGAAGCCCAGGCCCAAUCACACGUCACGAGUCAUCAGACAGCCUGGCAUCGGACCACAGUGGCCAGGAGGACGAGGAGUGGCUCUCUCAGGUGGAGAUUGUGACCCAUACAGGUCCCCACCGGCGCCUGUGGAUGGGCCCCCAGUUUCAGUUUAAGACCAUUCAUCCUUCGGGCCAGACUACAGUCAUCUCCUCCUCGUCCUCGGUGCUUCAGUCCCAGGGCCCCACUGAUGUCCAACAGCCCCUUUUGGACUUCGACACAGAUGACCUGGACCUACACAGCCUCAGAAUCCAGCCAGUACGUUCAGAGCCAGUCAGCAUGCCGGGCUCAUCGCGACUGGUGCCAGAUCGUAGAGGACAGUCCAACAUCAUGGAUGCAGGAUCAGGUUUUUCCUAAAAAAAGAAGCUCCUCGCUCUGCAAAUGACCAUUUCAAUUAUUUUCUGUUUUCCUCAUGAGCAUGCCUAUCAUUUCCAUUGCCCCUUCAUCCAUCCAUCCAUCCAUCCAUCCAUUAAUUGACUCGUCCUUCCCUCUCUCCCUCACUACCCAAUCAUUGUUUUAUCAUUGGUGUGAGAGAGAGAAGAGGACAGGCGAGAGGAGGAGGAGGAGGAGGAGGAGGAGGAGAGGAAGAGAGGAAGAUGGCCAGCUUUCUACUUGUCUGUCUUUAUGUUUGUCUGUCUCAUUUUUGUCCAGGUGUGGCCUUGUACAAAUUGGCCACUCUGGGUCUUUUCAUAAAAAUAUGUAACUAACCUCUAACUAUUUGAAAGUAUUCUACAAGAAAAAAAAAAAAUUAAGCCGCAAAGAAAAUCCAAUGAAAAGAUUGAAUGAGCAGCACAUUAUCAAGGCCAUGAGGUAGUUCUUUCAACUGACAACUGGCAUGAUUAAUGUCAUGACAGUAACUUUGACAGAAGGUACAAUUCUUAAAUGGAUGACAUUCCCACUACAGCCUCACUUUGUCGUUAGUCUACAGUCUAGACUCAAACUUGGCAGUGGGAGGCGGACAUGGCAUCCUUUGGUGCAUCACCAAGUAUACACUGACAGCUCAUAGGUUGCUGUUGGUUUCAGUUUGCCUAAGGUAACGUGUGAACACAAACAGAAACUCAACUUGCGAUGGAUCGUAAUUAUUCACUGUCCAUGAGUCUAGACAAAAGGAGUUCCCCACAGUUCCACAGCAUGCCAGCUUUCACGCACUGAUGUUUCCUCACUCAGUCAUCUGGAACCUGAACAGGACAUUGAUCAUUCAGUAAAUUGACUUGUAUGUACUUGUUUUCUUUUCCGGUCUACUAACUACUCAAAGACACUUGUCACAUUAACCCAUUCACACAUUUAUACACUGAUGACAGCAGCUGCCACGCAAUGUACCAACUAAACACUGACACACCAACGUCACAGCCAUCAGGAGCAAUUUGUCAUAGACACAUGGUGAGCCGGGAAUUAAACCAGCAACCCUCAGACUCUACCAUCAAAGCCAAAACUGACAAAAUGUUUCAAAGACAGAACCUUUACUAUUUGAGUUCUAUUUAUUUCCAGCAUUAUUUUUAAUUCAUUGUGAACAGCGAAUUAACAUUUUUCUGAAUUGGCCUCAAUAAAUACAAAACUACAGUUUUUACAUGCAACUACAGAGCUCUUUGUUUAGCAGAUCUCAAUAUCCUUUAAGGAUUAUACAUUUAACUGACCCAGACAAUAUUUAGUGAGGUGGAAUUAAUUAUUAGGCUUACAGAAUUGACCAUAUUUUUAUUUUUGCAGAAUGAUUAGACCUGAAACAAGGUCCAUAGAUUAAUACAAAUAAAAUCUGCUCAUUUUUUGACUCACCGUUAUCUUCAACUUUACAAAUAGUAGUACACAUCCUGGGUUUUUUCUAAGAUUCUGGAACCAGUACCUCUGGCAACAACCACUAAACCACAUGCAAAGUCAUUUCAGACAUCUUGCCCAUUCAGAUUUUUAGUCAAACAAUAACUGAACCUGUUGACCUGGUCUGUAUAUUCUGAGUUGCAGCCAAGUAAUUCACUGUUGGAAGAAGCUUUCUGUUGGCAUUAACAAGCAGGUUAACCUGUGUGUGGGGCGGUGGCCACUGAGUCUGUGUAAGUCCUGAGGAAGGUGAUUGAUAAGUCAUUCAAAGUGCCAUGGUAAGAAAAAUAUGAUGUGGCCUUAGUGUGUGAGCUAGCAGUUACACAGCCCUCCUGGCCUUCAGCUGACAACAGAGACUGGGGUAAAGUACACUGGGCUCAGCUGUCUCUUGUAUCACGGUACAGUUUUUCUAUGGAGCAACUCACACAUACACAUACUCAGCAGCGUUUGCCCUUCAGGCAGAGAAUAAAGCACGUAUUAUAGAGAACAUCCAGCUCAGGAUGAGAUGGAAAGAGGGGUCGCAUUAAGAGGGAGGAUGUACACAUGGUGGUGUCAUUAUGGGCCUUCUGCAGUGUUUCCUUAUUGUUCUCUUCAAACUGCCCAUUUUAAUAUGCAUACAGUACCACUUUCCUGUUCAGUGAUAAGACUGGAAAUUUCCCAGCAGAUUGUCUGCUCAUGCUGACGUCACACAUAUACUUUACAGCAUGUUGAGUGAUAGAAGUUCCCACAUGCUAGUGUGCUACCAUGAAGUUAUAACACGCUAGCAGGAAAUACUCAGUACUAAGUAGCUGGCAAUUACAUGGAUGACCGCACAGCUAUAGCCUCAGAUUUCAUAUUCAGAUGUAGUAAACCAUCACACCGUUGACAGAAGUAUCAGUGAUGGUUUAUACGUCAACCAAUAAGAAACAAGAACUAUUUUUUGUUGUGCCUUUUUUCCAUGGCGAAGAUGAAAUUACGAAGGAUAAAAAUGACUCUGCUUAAUACAUUUGAUUCUACCUGUGUGAUUAUAUAUGAAAAUUAAAAUGGACUUGAACUUGGAAGUAUUUUCAUCAAAAUCUAAACUAGCUGACACCGACUUCAUCGUGUCAUGUUUUUUAUCAUUCAGUAUUAUUAUGGGUUGCAAUAUGAUGAAUGAUGAAAAAUGUAUUUGAGUCUCAUUUGUCUUAUCGCAACUUUAAACCUGCACUAAUAUUUUGAUAUUAUCAAUGCAUUAAAUAACUGGACUCUAUUCGACUUGACUGAACAUUUAAGUGUCUUUCAGCUCAUUGUUUUGGUUCACGUAUGUGUGAAACGUGUCCAGCCUUAGCCAACUGCUGUUUUCUGCCAAAAAUAUCUGACUGACCAACUUUGAAAAAGUGCAAGAUUAAUGUAUUGAACAUGAGGUGUAUCAUUCUUCAAGUUUUACAUCGAUUUAGAUAUAGAUGAACAUUCACACCAGAUGACUGUCCUUGUAGUUUACAAACCUAACAUUUUAAACCUCAGCAUUUUUGCUGUGUUAGUAAUAUAUGUUCUGAUGAAGGUCAAAAGGUUUGAGAUGUUAUUUUUUAAACAGAAAUUUUAAAAGAAAUUGUUCAUUUGACUUUUUGAGGCGCUGCAUGCUCCCAGCUCUCAUGUAAAUGUUAGCAUGGAGCCUUCUCUCACUUUUUUUUUAUUUUAUUUUUUUUUAUUACAGACUAUGGUUUUUAUCACAAAGUGGAAGAGCUAACCAACUUGACAAUUUUUAGUAACUAUCAAUAACCUCAAUUUGUUAUUGUGCAUACGUGUCAAAUAAAAUUAUCCUCAGUACAGUGCUUUGAGGUCUAGUUUGAUGGAUUACAAUAACCAAUAACUGUAUCAUGUCUGUAAUAACCAGUUAAAACCCUUAAAGUUAUAUUUCUGUGUAUAUGUAUAAAACCUGCUGUCACAUGUAAAUACGCUGUAUGCUAUUUGUAUUGUGCUCAGUGAAAGUUCCUGUCUCCAUUCUGCAUUAAACCGUGUAUG